UUCUUCCGGCGGCCGCCAUGGCUGGGCCCGCGGCCCUGAACCUCAACAACGAGGUUGUGAAGAUGAGAAAAGAAGUGAAGCGAAUACGAGUCUUGGUUAUUCGAAAACUUGUCCGGAGUGUGAGCAGAUUGAAGACAAAAAAGGGAACUGAAGAUUCACUGUUAAAGAACCAGAGGCGAGUCCAACGAUUGCUUGAAGAAAUCCACGCCAUGAAGGAAUUGAAACCUGAUGAAGUGACUAAAUCUGCUCUUGGUGAUGACAUCAGCUUUGAAAAGAUCUGCAAAAAGCCAGAUUCUACUGCAACAGAAAGAGCAAUUGCCAGGCUAGCAACAUACCCACUUUUUAAGAAAAAAAUAGAUGAACUAAAAGCUGCUGUCCAGUCCUUUAAAGAUGCAAGACAGAAUGCUACUGAUGUUCAGCCAUUAAAUACCACUUCAGAAGACAAUCAUUCUAAGAACACUUUGUGUGCAAGUGAGGAACGUAAGUUGCAGCAGCAUGAGAGGACCGUUGUUGGUGACCAGAAGGGCAAAGAAGCCAAAAUAACAGCAAAGAAACCUGCCAGUGACUCAAAAGCAAGAGUUGCCAAGACACAGCCUGGACCCAAAGCAGUGGACAUUUCAGAUUCCCCAUCACAGCCUUCAGGAAAAGGGUCUCCGGGUCCCGCUGCGAGCCAGAAGCCACCUGCGGAGCCCAGAUUGAAACCAGAACGCGGGAAUUCAAAGAAGGAAGUGGCUGAGCCCUCCCUUGAUGGCAGCAGUGAAAGUGAGGGAGAAUCCGAGGAGGAGGAAAAGGAGUACUUCGAUGACAGCACAGAGGAGAGGUUCUACAAGCAGUCUUCUGCGUCUGAAGAGAGUGACAGUGGCGAUGACUUCUUCAUUGGGAAAGUCAGGCUGACAAGAAAGAAGGAGAGUGGUGCCUGUUCUUCAGCUAAGGGACAGAGACCUCCCCAAAAGGUGGAGGAACCCACCCAAGUUAAACGGGUGGGCCAUUGGAAUGCAGGAGGCAACCAAAAGCCAACUGCAGAAGCCAGGAAGUUUGAAUCCGUGUUUUUCCACUCACUAUCUGGAUCUAAAAGCUCUGGAAGAGAUUACAGAGAACGAGCUCCCAAGAGCAAAGUCUCAGAUUUUCCAGAAAACAAAGCUCAGGUGAAGAAUCAAUUUAAUAAAAAUGCCCCAAGAAGAGCUGGGCCCAGCACAUCUCAGUCACAUCUCCCUCUUCACCCUUCGUGGGAAGCUAGCAGGAGGCGGAAAGAGCAGCAGUCUAACAUCGCCGUGUUUCAGGGGAAGAAAAUUACAUUUGAUGAUUGAUUGCCAACUUCUCUCUGGGAGCUUUUUGUCUAAAACUUACUUUUUUUUUUUACUACCCUAUUGUAAUGUAAACUAAAAUUGGAAUAAAUGUCUGGGAAGGUUU